AUGGGCUCUGGUGCCGCUUCUCGCCUGCUCUUCCUCAUGCCCGUCGUGCUUCGCGGGGGGCGGUUGCUGCCAGGUCAGUGCCAGGCCGUGCCCCAGCCCCAGAGGGCCACACUGACCUUCACAGCCCCAGCCUCCCCCGUCGCCGCCCUGGGGUCCCCACCCACCCGUCCCGACCCCUGCCCUGGAGUCACCGCCCCUGAACUGUGCCCUGGGGCCCCCACUUAUGGCCCUGCUGACCUCAGCUCUGGGCUCACCAGUCCGCCUUUGGCCUCCCUGGGCCCUGAGCGCCUGGACCCACUGCGCCAAGUGCUGGUAGAUGAUGGGUCGGACAGCGGGGCCCUUGGGAGCCCCCAGGGUCCCAGGACUCCGGACAGUGAAGCCCUGCUGGGGGCCGCAGCCACGGCCCGCCCCUGGGCCAGGCCCACAGAGGACGAGGAGGAGGAGCGGGAGGAGGAGGAGUGCCCCAUCUGCACAGAGCCCUACGGGCCCGGGGAGCACGGCCUCGCCCUGCUGAACUGCGGCCACGGCCUGUGUGCGGGCUGCCUGCACCGGCUGCUGAGUGCGGCCCCCAGCGCUGACCUGGGCCGGGUGUGCUGCCCUCUGUGUCGCCAGAAAACACCCAUGCUCGAGUGGGCGAUCUGCCGGCUGCAGGAGGAGCUGCUACAGGCCGAUGGGCCCCAGCGCCCUGCGCCCGCUGCCCUCCCCGUGCCCCCCCGCCGGGGCCCCGGGCCCUGGGCCUCCCUAGAGCACCGCUACCAGCUGCGCUUCCUGCCGGGGCCUGUGGGCAGCCGAGGCUGCCUGCCCUUCCUGCCCUGCCCGCCCUGCCUGGGCUCCCGGCUCUGGGCCCUGCGGGAACGGGGGCCCUGCGCCCGCCGCCUGGCGCUGCUGGGCCUGCUGGCCCUCGAGUUGCUGGGCCUGCUGCUCAUCUUCGCUCCGCUCAUGCUGCUGGGGCUGCUCUUCGUGCUGCUGGACAGCUCCCGCCGCUAAGCAGAGCCCGUCACGUCUGUCACCAGCACGGCCUGGGUUUGGGACAGCCAUGGCCGCCAGCGGACAGGAGGCCCAGGCUGGCCCAAGCCUUGGUGCCAUGGGGCCUUGGGAGCGCCUUGCCCUGAGGCCCGAUGACCAGGCUGAAGGACCAGGCUGAUGACCAGGCUGAAGGAGCCAAGGUUGACCGGGGCACUAGCCUUCAACCAAGACCCAGGACCCGGGCAGGGCCACCCAGGAGCCUGUGUUCAGCAUCUGACCCAGCCAGAGACUCCAGACUGCCCUGCUGCCGGGACAUGAGCCACUGGUGCCCAGGACUGGAGGAGGUCUGUGACCAGGGCCCCAAGUGCCCCUUGAUGGACAGACAGGCCCCACACUGCUGCUGGGCUGUCUCCGCCCUCCCGCCUGGCCUGCCUGCAGGAGGGGGACGGGACGGGUGCAAUGGACACGAAAGUGAACAGAGGCCUGGCAGGGAGUCGAGUCCUUGGAGUGGGCGGAGCCCUGGGCCGGGGCUGCAGGCCCCCCACCUGCCCACGUUCCAGAUAAGGGCCAGCGUGUGUUCCCUGAAGGUCAGGGUAGCUGAGGGGAGGGACCCUGCCGCACAGGCCCAGCCCACAAAGGGCCUGCUCACCUGGCCAGUCAGGAUCCGAGUGGCGGCCCUGAGCAGCCGGAGGGUCAGCACAUGCCCCUCAGCUUCAAGGGACGUGGGCCCAGCCAGGUCCUGGAGACACAGAGCACCAAGCUGGGCCCCAGUUCUGCCCCUGCCUCCUCUGUGACCUCCCAUUGUGGAGCCGGGGCCUUUAUCUGAAGGACAGGCGCCGUCACAGCACCACCUCCUGGGCUCGUUGGUGACAUGCUGAGCCCUGUGCCCGGCGCGCGAGAUGGCUCUCGGUAAUAAACGGUAGCUGCUACUGA